CGCCAUUUUUUUUCUCUUGCAUCCAUAGCGCGGCUUCGGCUUCGGCUUUGCAUCGGCACCCUUCCGUCCUGCCCACGUCGUCCAAACCCAGCUCAACUCCCUAACCUCUAUAGGCCAUUGAGCAGGCCGGCAGGUACAUACAUUCACCUCGUCGAAUCUCGAGCUCCAUUGGCAACGGUGCUCGUCCCUUGGGUGCGACAAAUCCGUGACAUGAACGAAUUGGCCGCCAGCAAUGUCUCGUCUCACCCCGUCAAGCCCUCCUGGUCUUCAUUGCUUGCUUCCAAUGUCUUGUCACAACCGUGGCAAACUGCCGACCAAUGCAAUGGCUCACGAUAGCAGGUGCACGCUUGGCAUUGCUUGCAUCCCUGCUCACUAUUGUUCAACAUGUUGCACCCGACUUCUCCAUCAAUUGCACUCGUCCACGAGAUGGAAUUCAGGGAAAUCGAGGGCCAAACCGCACCCCACGCAGCCUUCUGGACUCUGAGCAAACCGCUCGUAUAGUCAUGUCCAGUCAGGUCCGUCACGGUGCUGUUCAUACCUACACGAGUCGUCUAAAUAAGCUCAAGUCCCACUCGCCGUAUGGUGGAGAUGUCCUUCCACGUCCAAGGAAGGAAGGCGCAGCGAGUGCGGGACAUGCGCGCGCUCACGCUGUCGACUCGUCUGCACCUAGGUAG